AUGCCCAGAGGCAUAUCAACUAGAUCGCAGACUGGUGCAGAUGCAGAGGGAAGCAAAUCCGAAUCGGAUGAUGCCAGUCAAAUUGGCGCACCCGUGCGGUAUGCAGCGCAACCUCCAACCAACAUAGGAGCUGACGCGUUGGCUACUUUGGUUGCAAGCAUCACCGCAUUGAGGGAGUGUGUUCAAGAGUUACGAAAUGAGACGAGUCGUAGCCAAGCUGAGAUACAACAGUUGCGUGAACGUAUCGAAUUGGAUUCUGCUCAGUUCGCUGAUGCACCAAAUCCAGUUGCGCCGCUUUCAGUUCCACAAUCGUCGCAGAACGUGCGGCAGUUAACGCUGCCUGCAGUACAGCCACUAACAUCGACGUCGGCAAAUGCAGCCUUAACUCUUUUUGAUAGUUCCGCUAAGCUCUACCCGCUACCAACCUUCGACGGCAAUGCCGAAGAUUGGCCAUUGUUUUCUGCGAAUUACGUAGACACUACAGCGGAAUUCGGGUAUAAUAAUAGGCAGAACCUCAUGCGACUGCAAAGAGCGCUACAAGGCAAUGCAAAGCGCGCCGUCACAUCAAUGCUUAUUUAUCCGGAUGAUGUACCAAAAAUAAUAAAGGAGCUAGAAUUUAAUUUCGGUCGCCCCGAUUUAUUAAUACGCGCACAGCUACAAAAAGUUCAGACGUUUCCAGCAAUCAGUGACAACCGCCUCGAUCAAGUUCUCGAAUUCUCAAAUCGUGUUUGUAAUAUAUCGGCGUUUUUCAAAUCUGCGACGUGCGAACAUCAUUUGAGAAAUCCGACUCUUCUGGAACAGCUGAUUACAAAGUUGCCACCAUCAAAACAGUUCGAAUGGAGUAAGUAUGCCGCCAACGUUUCGCCUUAUCCUACUGUGGAGACUUUUGCCGACUGGUUGAGCGAUUUGGCCAAGGUUGUGUCGAUUAUGCCAGGUGUUGCCGACAUUUCUUUGCGCUAUAGCCAUCCAGUAAUGCCACAGCCGAGACAAAACACGUACGCCAAUCGCCAACUAGGUCAAAGUGGAGGGUCAACACGUCGAGUCUUACACAGUAGUGAGGAGCAGCCAUCGUGUUUGUGCUGUAAACAGGUACACACUCUCACAGACUGCCGUAAAUUCGGAUCACUUGAUUGUGCAGCUAAGUGGUCUUUUGUAAAGCAACAUCGGGUAUGUUUUGGGUGUCUGCAGAAAGGCCACAGUUUGGCCGAUUGUCGUCGUCGUAGUACAUGUACUAUAAAUGGUUGCAAGCGUAUGCACCAUAAGCUCCUGCAUCAAGAUCGUCAUUUGCCUAGUCCGCCAGCUGAUAAUGAACGCAUAUUGAACUGUCAUAGAGAUGUUGAAGCCAGCCUUUUUAAAUUUUUGCCAGUGAUUUUGAUCGGUCCUCGCGGUAGUGCCUCAGUAUAUGCCAUGUUUGAUGAAGGGUCGUCAGUGUCGCUCCUAGAGGAAGAAGUCGCCGCACAGUUGGGGUUAAGAGGUCGUGCCAUGCCGCUUACCCUACAGUGGUACGGUGACAGCCAAACAACUGAAACCUCCAGGUCAGUGUCUUGUGAAAUAAGAGGCGUAAACGGUCAUAAUACCUUCUCGGUGAAAAACCUGUGCGCUAUCAAAGGCCUUAAUUUGCCGAGACAAUCGUUCGAUCAAAGCAAAUACAGGCAUCUAGCAGCACUGCACGUUGAAAGCUACAAAAACGUUAAGCCUGUUUUGCUACUAGGCCUUGACAACUGUCAUUUGGGUGUGCCUAGCAAUACAGUUCAAAGCAGAGAGGACCAGCCAGUCGCAAUAGAAACCAAGCUGGGUUGGGUGGUGUACGGCCCACAUCGUGAAGAUUUCGUCACAAAGCCAAGGGUGUUACAAGUUCGUCACUCCACAAGUCUUAAUCAGCUAAAGAAGAUAGUAGAAGAUUACUUUGCGUUGGAAAAUUUCGGUGUCAAUUGCAAGGUGGUUAUGGAUUCGGAAGGAAGUCGUCGCGCAAAACAUAUAUUAGCGGAAACCACUAGGGGUAUCGGAAAGAGGUAUGAAAUCGGGUUACUGUGGCGGGAAGAUGCCGUUAAGCUCCAAAUUAGUUACGCUAUGGCGAAACAACGUCUGUUAAAUGUCGAGUCGCGAAUGGUUCGUGAUGCAACAUACGCCGAACGGUACAACAACGAAAUUGCCAAAUACAUUAACAAAGGUGUGAUCAACCCGCACAAGCCGCAAAAGCUGCGUAUCGUGUUUGACGCAGCCGCAGUGACGAACUCGGUGUCACUAAAUUCAGUUUUAUUGAAGGGGCCGGAACAGGCGCAGUCGCUCGUAACCAUCAUCCACAAAUUUCGUCAGGGAAUCAUCGCUGUAGCUGGAGACAUCCAGGAGAUGUUCUCGCAGGUGCAUAUUCGAGAAGCUGAUCAAGAUUCCCAACGAUUUUUGUGGAGAGAGGGAAACCCGAACCAACCGAUCCGUACAUAUAAAAUGACCGCAAUGAUAUUUGGCGCGAUUUGUUCACCGUGUUGUGCCGAGCACAUUAAGAACGUCAACGCUUCUAAGUUCCAGUCAACAAUGUCAAGGGGAGCACGGGCUGUCAUUCAAAAUACUUCCGUUGAUGACCUAGUGGUAAGUUUCAACAGUGCCGAGGAAGCCGUCGAGGUAACUACUGAAGCCGUUAAAAUCAACGCAGCUGCGGGGUUCAAAUUACGGAAUUUCAUAUCGAAUAACGAAUUCGUUCAACAACAACUUAAUGGCGAAAAUGCUGGGGUAGACAAACCGAUCGUAUGA